AUGAAUCAUACAGCGUGGACACAGAAUGCAUCUUCCCUACCCUCUGACCGAAUUCCGCCGUCUAGGCCGAAACAAAACUCUGUAAAGGAAAAGAGAAAGCCGGCAGCGCAAGAGCCCUUGAAGAGCAAGGAAGUCCGCCGAUUGGAGUUUGUGCGGGAUAGUUUGAGGAAAGGGACAGGGCGGGAGAGAGACCCCAAGGGCGGCUGCUUCUGCCAGGCUAGAGUUCACACUUUGUCGUCCUAUACGCCCCUGUGUCACAACUGCGGCCUUGUUCUCUGCAAGUUGCAGCUCCCGCACCAUGCCUGCCCGCACUGCGCAUCCCCACUCCUCACGCCCACCGCACGCGACGCUUUGGUCGGCAGAUUGGAAAAACAGAUUAUCGAAACAGUUGCGGAGGAGAAAGCUGCUCGCGACCGUGCCAUCCAGGACGCCCGUGCUGCUGCUGGGGCGUUUCCUUCCCUGUCCGCCACCACCAGCGUUUCCAGCACAGACGCACUGGCGGCACAUCCUACGAACCAGCCACACAAAGUUUUGUCACUCAAUGCGAAAACAAAGAAGGUGAUUGUGCGGUCGUCCUACACUACGCCAGCCAUCUCGCGCUCGUCCUCGCGCGACAGCGGGAUCAAGGAGGGCGAGGAGGAACAGAAGCGCAUACUCCCUCCACCGGAUGAAGUUGUAUAUGCGAGGAACGACCCGAAUAGGGAUCGGCCGUGGGCAAACCUUCGGGGAGGCAGCUUUACAUACGUCCCUCCGCCUCAUGCAAGGGCAGGUAGUGCGCCUAGUAGCUCAGACAAGAAGCUACACGGAGACGGGAGCACUGUACAGAUGGCGAAGAAAGAAGGAAAAAGAAAAGAUCAGGAAAAUAAACUUCAUCGUUCAUCGUGA